CUUCCUCGAGCGGUAGGUCUGCUGCUGCUCGCAUAGUAACGCCGUCCUGCAGUAUCAUGGCAACAGUUUAGAACGUGAUGACGUAUCCUCGGAGUAUUAUGGGCUGCCGAAGAUUAUUCAGGCAGAGGGCUGUGGAAAAAUAGCUGCGAGGUAGAAGUAAACAUGGAGCUGUCGGCCGUCGGGGAAAGGGUCUUCGCCGCCGAAUCCAUCAUUAAACGGCGCAUACGGAGAGGACGGAUGGAGUUUCUGGUCAAAUGGAAAGGCUGGUCUCAAAAAUACAGCACCUGGGAACCACAGGAGAAUAUUUUGGAUCAACGCCUUUUCGCCGCUUUUGAAGAGAGAGAGCGGGAGAGGGAACUGUUUGGGCCAAAAAAGAGAGGGCCUAAACCAGAAACUUUUUUAUUGAAGGCAAAAGCUAAAGCAAAGAGCAAAAACUAUGAGUAUAGACGGGAGAUGUCACGAGGGAUACGCGUGUCUUUCCCCGUCGCAGAGCCGGUUGUGACGCCUCGGGCACGCGAGGGGCUACGGACGGUCGUGCCGACGAUCUUUCCACCGAGCACCGUGAAUCGAGGCGAAAGUGUUCGCAUCCGACCCCCUGAUCCUGAGAGAAGCCCACCGGCGCAUGCGACAACAUCGCAACGCCCUUUAGAUUUUACCGAUUCACCGAAAAAACGGGGACCAAAACCAAAGCAGCGUCCAGCUGAAGGUCCAUCCGCUGAAAGCGUUAAGAGAAAGCCAGAUAAAGCAUUAUCUUAUCGGCCAUCCAAAAUAGAGAGGCACGGCGAGACAUCCAACCACGAUGUUAUCCAUUUAACGCAGAAGUUUCAUGAAUCGAGCAGUAUUCAGAAACAAAUGGGGGGCAGAUCAAGUGAUACAAAUUUUACACUUGGUGGCAACAUGAUAAAUAAAGGUCUUGAUAUUUUGGGACAUGGACGGAAGGAGGGCUCCAGUGGUGCCAUGAACCAACAACCCAAAAUACAACAGCCUCCCAAAAAUAAUCUAUUUCGAUCCACAAGUCAAACCAGUGAUGAACUGGCUUUGAGUUUUGUAGACGAAACAGACGAGUCCUGGCUGCCCUGUUUGAAGAACAUGGAGAAAAUUAUUGUAACUGAUGUAACUAGUAAAUCUCUGACUGUGACCAUCAAAGAGAGUUCAACGGACAAAGGUUUCUUUAAGGAGAAAAUAUGAUGUAAUUUUAGGUAAAUGAUGUGACAUAUUGUAAACAUGAAAUAUGGUAAUCCAACUAAACAGCCUGCAUUUUUAUAGUAUAUUUACUGUACAACAAAGUCUUGCAAUCGUGUAUAUAUUGCAAAAAGUAUAUGUUUAGCCUACAUUUCCAUUCAUAUUUUCUAUGAAAAUGAUGUCCAAAUGAAGUUUAUUUUUCUAUAACCCAGAUUUUAUGUAAUGUUCACCAGUUUCGUUCUCCGCUUUAUUUGUUGCCACCUUCAGCUUUGUUAUGAAUGUAGGCAUAGAUGCUGUUAACACACAUUAUCAUUUCAACUUAAUGCACCUUUUUAGGGGAUAUUGGUUAGUUCCUCUUUUUUUUUUGACGUGUAUUUGUUAUUUGUUCCGAUCAGAUUUUUGUAUAUAUUUGUACAAGGUCCAAACGAAGUAGUCUUGUAUUAAAACACAACCUUUUAAAAAGGCGAAAAAAGUAGAUAAGCUAUACAUUUAAUUAUCUUUAUUCGGUUUUAAUUUUGAUCCUAAAUAUUUAAAGGAAUUUGGUAUUCCUUUACAAUUAAAAAUGUUUAAUUGAUAUGACUGUUUGGUGCCCUGAAAUCUCAUCAUUAAACAGACGACAUUUAACAUAAUUUCCUCGUCAAAUAUUAAAUAAAUUGGUACUAAUAUUUACUGUUUAAAAUUUGAUUAGUAAUUAUGCUGGGUACAUGUGGUACAGUGAUUUGGCCGCUAAAAUUUAUAAAAUAAAUUACUUGACAUUAAUUAA